GGAGUCGGAAGAAAUUGACUUCCAUUCUCUGUUGACGCACUGGGCUCACAUGAAGCAAGAACGCGCCCAAGGGAGAACGAAGUUGAUCUUCUUCAAACUUCACAUUAAUGGUCGUUACAUCCGUGCGUCGGCUGACUGUGGCGCAACCGCCAACUACUUUUCACCGCACGACAUUCGUAAGGCACGCUUGGGUAUGAAGCAAGUGACAUUGCAGAAUCCUUGUCGGACCCAAGUAGGCAACCAAGAGGUUGUCACCUCUACACAUGCAGUCAAAGGUGUGUGCACUACCUUUGACGCCGAUCGCACGAUCGCGCAUGAACUGAACUUCUAUGUCCUUGAUCAGUGCCCCUUCGACGCGGUUAUUGGCUUGAGCUGGUUGCAAGCCCAAUGUGUAAGAACCACGUGGAAGGAAUCACAGUUCAUGGUCAAAGAUGCUAUGGGGAUCGAGCGUCCAGUCCUCCUGGACGAGCCGCACGAAUCCCAAAUAACCUUUUUGAAUGCUAUGCAGUUCUGCAAAAAGUGGCGCAGGCGCAAGAGUGAUGAGCAGAUGUAUAUAGCCUUUGUUAGGCCUGCUUAUGUGCCUUCUAUUUUUGCUGUACAUAAUGAUUCUACUUUGCAUGUUGUUUCUACUUCUGAGACAACUACUUCUACUUCUACUCAAUCCGCUUCUAAUCCUGUUGUUUUGGCUGCACCGUUCCUAUCUGAUAUGCUUGCUCCCGAAUGUGAUGAUCCACCUCCGGAAGUCCCAUCUGAAAUCCGUAACCUUCUCAACCGAUUUCCUGAAGUCUUGGUCGAACCGCAUGGGGUUUCCGUGCGUCCGGUCCGACACAAGAUCGAGUUGAUCGAAGGAAGCACUCCCCCAAAGGGCUGCGUCUAUCGAAUGGGCUCAGGCGAAUUGGAGGAGUUGCAACGGCAGAUUGACGAGAUGAUUGGUAAGGGAUGGAUUAAACCCAGUGAGUCUGAAUUUGGUGCACCAGUUUUGUUUGUUCCAAAGAAAGGAGGCAAAUUACGGAUGUGUAUUGACUACCGCGGACUGAAUCGACUCACAAGAAAGAAUGCCUAUCCUUUGCCACGAAUUCAUGAUCUGCUUGACGCUGCAGGUGGGUCCAAAGUCUUCAGCAAGAUCGAUCUCAAGUCUGGCUAUCACCAGAUUGAAGUCGACCCUGCAGACCAGCACAAGACUGCAUUCAAAACUCGCGAUGGGCUGUACGAGUUCACCGUCAUGCCCUUCGGUCUCACGAAUGCACCGGCCACCUUUCAAAGUCCCAUGGACAAAGUGUUCCGCAAUCAGAUUAACCGAUUUGUUGUUGUUUACCUUGAUGACAUACUAAUCUUCAGCAAGUCGAUGGAGGAACACAUGGGACACCUUGAGGAGGUGUUGCAGAUCCUCAAGGAUGCGCAGCUCCAUCUCAACUUAGAGAAAUUUGAGUUUGGGAGGGACAGCGUCAUCUACCUUGGACAUCGGUUGUCUGCUGCAGGCCUAGAGCCCGAGGCAACCAAAGUUGAGGUCAUCCGCAAGUGGCCUCAACCGGCGAAUGUUCGAGAGUUGCGUUCUUUUCUUGGUUUGGCGUCAUACUACCGUAAGUUUGUUCCCAAGUUCUCUAUCAUUGCCUGUCCGCUGUCCAAACUAACGAGUAAGAAUGUGUCUUACACUUGGGAUGAGGAAUGCACAAAAGCCUUCCAAGCGUUAAAGGAGGAUUUGGUGAGUCAUCCGGUGCUCCGCAUUGCAGAUCCCAAACUCAUAUUCGUAUUAACUACGGAUGCCAGUUUGUAUGGGAUCGGUGCAGUGCUGCAGCAAGAUGAUGGCGAUGGCUUACGUCCGCUGGAAUUCUACAGCAAGCGCAUGCCCAGUCACAAGGUAGCUGCCUCCACGUACAUGCGAGAGCUCUAUGCCUUGAGAGAGGCGCUAGAGCAUUGGAAGCACUAUCUCUUGGGUCGCCAUUUCAAAGUGUUCUCAGACCAUGAGACCUUGAAAUGGGUUCAGACACGAAACAAUCCCUCAACAACGCUGACCCGUUGGCUGCAUGAAAUUGCUGUGUAUGAUUUCGAACUUAAACAUAAGAAAGGUUGUUACAAUCGCGUUGAGGAUGCUUUGUCUCGCCACCCUGAGAACAUGACUUGCCUUGUGAGUUCUUACCAUCUCCGUAAGAAUUUGAAGGAGGACCUCGUCGAGCAUACUGCCAAGGAUCCGGAACUCAGUCCUAUCCUUGAGCAGAUUCGGGAUGACCCUAGCAGUCAGCCUGAUUUCCAUGAGCGUAAGGGUUUGCUUUUCCGGCGAUAUGGUAAGUACGACCGCCUGUGUGUACCGAACCAUGAGCCAACCAUCACUCACUUCCUGGAUUUGGCUCACGGCCAGGGCAGACACUUCGGUUUUGAAAAGACCUACGGAAGUUUGCUGCAAAAGUUUGUAAGGCCUGGGAUGAAAGAAAUGACACGGAAGUUUGUGGCUGAGUGUGAAGUGUGUCAACGCAAACCAUCUCGGCAGAAACCCUAUGGGUUGCUGCAUCCUCUUCCUAUUCCUGAUGGUCCGGGUGAGUCUCUCUCCAUCGACUUCACGGACAUGGGAAAGAAGAGCAGGAAUGGAUACUCACAAGUAAUGGUAAUCAUUGACCGCUUUUCCAAGUUUCUAAACUUAAUUCCAUUACCACCUCACGCCCCAACUGACCUAGUGAUCAAAGAGUUUCACAACAAGUACAUUCUGCAAUAUGGACCCCCGAAAACUCUUGUGAGCGACCGAGAUACUAGGUUCAUCAGUGCAGAUUGGAAGGACUUCACCUCCCAGAUCUACGACAUCACUCAAGAUGACGUCUGGCCGACACCCGGAAGCCAAUGGACUGGCCGAGGAGGUCAACCAGACUGUGAUCCAACUUCUCCGAGCUUUAAUUGUGCCUGAUCAGAACUCUUGGGAUGAGGAACUGCCGAUUGUGCAAGGAUUGUACAACAACUCCAUACACUCCUCUACAGAGAUGACACCUAAUCGGCUGCACCUCGGAUGGCAGAUUCGCAAUCCCCUGUCCUAUCUAUUCCCUGACCAGCCACCUGGCCUCACACCUGGCCAGCCAGGCUACAGCGCUAAGUUUGAUCGCCUGCUCAAAGUUGUUGUUGCAGCAAUGGAGAGGCGACGCAGUGCUAUGAUUAAACACGCUAACAAAAAGCGCCAGCCUGU